AUGAGUGCAGAGACCGAGCUGCUGUGGCCGGGGCUGGCGCUGCUGCUAUUGCUGGGGGCGGCCGCUGGCCUUUGUGUGCGCUGCUCCCGCCCAGGUGCCAAGAGGUCAGAGAAAAUCUAUGAACAGAGAAGUCUGCAGGAGAGUCCGCAGAGCUUUGAGGUGGCCCGGACCUACUCCCUGGUCCAGCAGGCAUGGCCAGGGCGCCUCGUGGGCAUGGCCCCUGACAUGGCGACCACAAGGAAGGACAAGCUGCUGCAUUUCUCCCCCAGCCUGGAGGACUCUUCAUCCUCCAGGUACCAGAACUUCAGCAAAGGAAGCAGGCACGGAUCAGAUGCAGCUUACAUAGACCCCAUUGCCACAGACUAUUACAACUGUGGGUGGUUCCCAAAGCCCCGGCCAGAAGAUGACGAUGAUGCCAAUUCCUACGAGAAUGUGCUCAUCUGCAAGCAGACGACCUCAGAGGCAGGCAAUGAGGAAUCUGAGGAUUAUCAGAACUCGAUGUCCAUCCGUCAGUGGCAGGAGUCCAGGAAGGUCGUGGAACAAGUCCAGAGAGAGGCACCUCCCUCCCCGGCAGGAAGCCCAGACGAGGAACCCGAUUACGUGAACGGGGAUGUGGCAGCCGGGAAAGCCUAGGGAAGACCCAGCCAGAAGGGACCAAGGGAACUGCUGAGCUCAUGGGACAGUUUGCCUCCCAAGGACCAUUUUCCAGAGCUGCUCAACUUAGGCCCCUGCCACAGCUACUCCUGGAAGGGGCACCAACACACCCUGAGGACACAGCUUGGGGAAGGACAGUUCCAUGUGGGGCUGCAGCCCCACAACCAGUACUCUCUCCUCGACCCAGUUUCCCUGGGAUGGGGCAGACGCCUGGUGCCAAGAGCAACAUGGCUCCUGUUCCGAUCAGAUGCAGGGAGUUUAGGGCAAGCUGCCUCCCCAUCCCCAUGUCGAAAAUGUUGCACAGCACUGGUAUUUGUGUCCUUUUCUGCUUUGGACUUGGAUCCAAAUUGCUUACUAAUGUUGGUUGUUGGCAUUUUUUAAUGAUCCAUAACAUUGUACAGUUAAUUUAUAUAAGCAGGGCCAUAUUUAAUAUUCUGAAUUUCAGGGUAGAGAUUUCCGUCGCAUCUCACACAGCAUUAGGUACCGAAGCCCAGCACACAAGCUGGGGGAGCCCUGGCUCUCCUUCGCCUUUUAGCAGGGGCCUCUCCAUUCUCUGGACCUCAGAUCACUUAGGAUAACGAGGCCAUGGCCAUCUUCAUGACACCUCCUCAAUGGAGAUACUGUUUGCUGUGGAUAAAAGUGCACCACACUUUUGCAGAAGGGCGGGAGGGGCGGAGUUAGAGCAGUAGUGCCCCUCCACUGCCCUGGAACCCUCCUCUGCUCCAGGACUGGUGUCGGCUGAGCUGAUCAGACCAAGACGUGACCAUCUCAUGGGAAGAGCAGGGACCCAAAGGGCCCCCGAGUCAGAAAUUCUAGUCAGGGAAAUAAAAUGCCUCCUCCAAUCAAAACAUCUCAAUAAACCAUUUUAGUUUAAGAGCA